GGUGGCCGCGAGUUCGGGUGGGCGGCGCAGGAGCGGCGGCCAGGUGAGAGAUGCGGGGCCUCGAGGCGGUGGGGCCAGCGCCAGAGUAUUCCUAUGCAUAUUCAACUUAUAUAAAGAAAUGACCACACAGUACAGUAUUCUCUUCAAGCAAGAACAAGCACAUGAUGAUGCCAUCUGGUCAGUUGCAUGGGGAAAGAAUAAAAGAGAUGGUUCUGAAACCGUAAUCUCUGGAUCUUUAGAUGAUCUAGUGAAGGUCUGGAAAUGGACUGAUGAAAAAUUAGAUCUACAGUGGACUUUAGAGGGCCAUCAACUGGGUGUGGUAUCAGUAGAUAUCAGCCACACAGGUACCAUUGCAGCAUCCAGUUCCCUAGAUGCUCAUAUUCGUCUUUGGGAUUUAGAAACUGGCAAACAGAUCAAGUCCAUAGAUGCUGGUCCUGUUGAUGCCUGGUCAUUGGCUUUUUCACCAGAUUCCCAGUAUCUUGCAACAGGAAGUCAUGUGGGAAAAGUGAACAUUUUUGGUGUUGAAACCGGAAAAAAGGAAUAUUCUCUGGACACUAGAGGGAAAUUCAUCCUUAGCAUUGCAUAUAGUCCAGAUGGAAAAUAUUUAGCCAGUGGAGCAAUAGAUGGCAUCAUCAAUAUUUUUGAUAUUGCAACUGGAAAACUUCUGCAUACGCUAGAAGGCCAUGCAAUGCCAAUUCGCUCAUUGACGUUUUCUCCCGAUUCCCAACUACUCGUUACUGCUUCAGACGAUGGAUAUAUCAAAAUCUAUGAUGUACAACAUGCAAACUUGGCAGGCACACUAAGUGGUCAUGGAUCCUGGGUAUUAAAUGUGGCAUUUUGUCCAGAUGAUACUCAUUUUGUUUCCAGUUCAUCUGACAAAAGCGUAAAAGUUUGGGAUGCUGGAACAAGGACCUGUGUUCAUACCUUCUUUGAUCAUCAGGAUCAGGUCUGGGGAGUGAAAUACAAUGGAAAUGGUUCCAAAAUUGUAUCUGUUGGAGACGACCAGGAAAUCCAUAUCUAUGACUGUCCAAUUUAAAUAUGCCGAGUCAGACAUAUUGGUUAAUUAUGUAUGUACAGGUUUUCAGGAUUACUGCACUUCUCAUAUGUUGCCACUUACUUUAAAGAUGCUUCUUAUUAUUUUGUUAAUAUGAUAAUGCAUUUUAACAAUGCUGAGCUGAAUCUUUGACUAUUGCUACAGUAGAAAAAUCAAAAUAUACAUAAGGUUUCUAUGUAUCUUUAUCACUUUAGGUUUGGCAUGAAAACUCUACAUUUUUAAAUAGAAGUUACUAUUGUAGUUACAUAUAACUUCACUGCUUUCUCUUAAGCAGUUUCUGGAACAGUAUGUAUUUGGAAAUAUGUACCCAUGUGAAGUAACUGCUUACUUAAGCUAUCUCCUAUUUUUCUCUCCAGAACUACAUAAAUAAAUUUGAAUCUGAAAUUGU